UAAUGGGACUCUUAACCUCACAAUUUUUAGGUAAACUAAGAAACUUCUCCGCUUACUUCGUCUCUCUCUACACCAACCAUGGACAGUUCGAGAAAUGUAUCCAGCCAACCACCACUCUCCCCAUGCAGCAGUGGAAGAAGAAGCAGCACUUCCACCUCUCCCGAAUUCGAGUUUUGGAUGGUCCGUAAUCCAUUCUUCCUAAAACCCGAUCUACUAUCUGCGGAUGAACUCUUUGUUAACGGCGUCCUCCUUCCUCUCCAUUUACUCCACCUCCACAACCACUGCCCUUGCUCGGACCUAGCAGAUUCCCCACCUCCCAACUUGCAUCCUGAUGCGGAGCCCCAAGUAUCCCCUAGGGCCGUAGAAGCAGAGUGGCUCAUCCCUGUAACUGCUUCAAAGAGAUGGAGAGACAUCUUCAAGAAAGGUGACAAGAAAACUUCAACCUCUAAGAACCAACAAGAUAAAAAGAAGAAGAAAGAGAAAAAGAGUCAAGGUGGAGCAAGUCCAGCCGAGUUGAAUAUCAAUAUAUGGCCAUUUUCUCGCAGUAGAUCAGCGGGGAACAGUGGAGGCCGAGCCAGGAUGUUUCCCGGAGCCCCAGGAAGCCGAAAGGUGAAUAGUGCACCUUGUUCAAGGAGUAAUUCGGCGGGGGAGUCAAAGUUACGGAAGUGGCCGAGUACCAGUAGUAGUCCGGGUAGGGGUGGAGUACACUUGGGUCGAAGCAGCCCGGUCUGGCAGGUGCGGCGAGGUUCAGGGGGAAAGAAUUGUGGCUCAGAGUGGGUGAAUCGAAGCAGUGAAAAGAUGAAGAGUAAAAGUAAAACGACGACGGGGGGUGGCAAAGUUGUAAAUACGGAAGUGCCAAUGUGUAUCGGAUCCAAUGAAAAUAGUAAUGUUGGGAGUAGUGGUAAUCAUUCUAAUUUAAGCACGUUUUUGCAGAUCUCCAAAAUUUAUUUAAAUAUAUUUAUUAUCAAAGGACCUAAUAAAAAUUAUAAGAAAAAUUUUGGUGAAUUAUGGGUGCAAUUUGUCUUCUUGAAAUAUAGUAUGCAGCAGCAAGCACACAUCAGCAAAAUGAGCAUAUUGUUGUGUGCAGCAGCAGCAUGCACACAACAGCAGAAUGAGCAUAUUGUUGUGUGUGCUGCUGCUGCACACAGCAGUAUGAGCAAUGUGCUCAUGUUGCUGCUCUGUGCAGCAACAAGUCGUGCUGCAGCAGCAAGACAGCACAAGCAGAUUGCUCAUGUUGCUUCUGCACACAGCAGCAAGGGCAAUCUACGUGCUGUUAUUGCUGUGUGCAGCAGUACGAGCAGAUUGCUCAUGCUGCUGUGUGCUGCUGCUGUGUGA